GUUUGCAAGAGAUUCACGCAAUUACAGCCUGUGGACAACCUCUUGUCAGCCUCAGUCGUAUUGUGAAAGGAAAGGACACCAUCCCUGGCGAGUUCCCCUGGCAAAUCAGUUUACAAUUAAACCAAAAGCAUGUUUGUGGAGGGUCUCUAAUUUCAGAAGAGUGGGUGAUAACUGCAGCCCAUUGUUUCUAUCAGUGAUACAUUUUUGUGUACAAGGACCUCUCACAAUACCAAGUCCUUCUGGGAGUCACCCAGUUUUUCAAUCCUGGCCCACAGGCAUGCUGCUUGGGUGUGCAGCAAGUCAUUGUACAUCCUACCUAUGCAGGUCACACCAGCAAUGGAGACAUUGCUCUGGUUCAGCUGUCUAGGAAGGUCCACUACUCACACCUGAUCCUGCCCAUUUGCCUGCCUGAUACCUCUGUGAAUUUCCCCCCAGGCCAAGUGUGUUGGGUCACAGGCUGGGGCAACCUGCAUCAUUCAGUCAAUCUUCCCUCUCCAUAAAUUCUCCAGAAGUUAAGGGUGCCUAUCAUCAACUCAAAGACAUGCAGUGAACUUUAUCGCACCAACAUGAGUGAUGGCCUGACUCCACAGGUGAUUGCAGAUGAUAUGAUCUGUGCUGGCUUUGCAGAGAGCAGGAAAGAUGCUUGCAAGGGUGAUUCUGGAGGUCCUAUGGUUUGUCUGGUGGGCCAGUCAUGGGCUUUGGCUGGUAUCAUCAGCUGGGGUGAAGGAUGUGCUAUUGAGAACCGCCCUGGCGUGUACAGUUGGCUCACAUAUUACAAAAAAUGGAUCCACAGCUAUAUCCCAAAUAUUGAAUUCAUCAAAGACCCCAAUAGUGAUGAAUCACAUAACUGGCAGCAGGAUUCCAAAGGCCCCAAACAUUGCAAGAUUAACUUGUCUGACCAUAGUUCCUCACAUACUACCAGCUCUUGGAUAUUGAUGAUCCAAGCAGAUGAUGAAAGUACCGUAUUUUUCCAUCAGUAA